AUGAUGCAGGUGAUCGGGCUGGUGUUCCUGGUGGCGGGAUGUAUCGUGAGGUUCGGGUCAGACAUACUGGACCCCUACCUCCAGGAUCUAUACACGGCCCUCCAGCGUUUCAUGGAACAGGCGGGGGACUCAGUGGAUCUCUCCAACUUCAACCUCGGCGACUACCUUAAAGACGCCACCCUCGCCCUGAUCCUCCUCGGCGUCUUCUUCUUCAUCAUCGGCAUCUUCGGCUGCAUCGGCGGCUGCUGCAAAGUCCGCUGUAUGUUGAUAGUGUACGCAGUCCUGAUCAGCCUCAUCGUCCUAGCAGAGGUUCUGUUUGUCAUACUCCUCUUCACCAUCAGAGACACGGUGGACGACAACAUCAAAGGGCCAAUGAAGACAUCAAUCACAGAUAGCUACGGAGGCUUCAACAGCACUGACCUGGUGUCCCUCGGCUGGAACUUCGCUAUGGUCAAUUUUAAAUGCUGCGGAGUAGACAACUACACAGAAUUCCAGAGUGCAACGAAGUGGAAUGAUAAAUAUACACCAAAGCAAACUAACGCCACCAUUAAACUAGAAGUCCCCAUCGCCUGCUGCAAACUGAAUGGAACUUUCCCCAACAUACAGCUGCCGUCAGACUUCACGUGUGCCACAGAACCGACAUCGGCACUCUCCAAUAUAGACAAGGUAGUGUAA